UAUAUAUAUAUAAUUUCGCCGGGAUUCGUAACGGUCAUAUAUCUGGUCUCACUCUCUCUCUCUAACCACUCACUAAAACCAUUCUGUUAGCUCGCUCCUAAUUUCACUUCUACUCUCUCUCUCUCUCUCUCUCUCUCUCUCUCUCUCUCUCUAACUCGGUGUGACACGCUUCCCACGCUGAAUCAAGGUGAAAAAUUAGGGUUCGUAAGAGUGCGGGGAAAUUCACACCCACUCGACAAUGUGAAAAUGGUAACUGCCGUCACAUCGAUUCCGAAGCAGCGGCCGUCGCAGAACCAGAAGCGGCCGCCGCUGCUCCCCUCCGAUUCCGACAAUGCGCCACCGCGGAGGCCCAGAGCUCGUGAAGUCACCUCCCGCUACUUGUCUCUCUCGACCUCCUCCUCCUCCUCCUCUUCCAAUUCUUCUUCAUCAACCAACACCACGCUGUCUUCCAUCACCUCCGGAUCAUCGAUUUCCUCGGGAAGGGCGCAAUCUCCGAUGCUCGGCGGCAGAACUGCAAUUACCACCCCGAAGAGUCAGCUGAGAGCGGUGUCUGCGGAGAGGCGGCGGCCGGCGGCCGCGCCGCCGUCAAGCGCCGAGAAGAUGCUGGUGACAUCAAUGCGGAGUUUAUCGGUAUCCUUCCAAGGGGAAUCCUAUUCUAUACCGGUGAGUAAGGUGAAGCCCCCUCCUGCGGCGGUUGGUACCCCGUCGGCUUUGAGGAAAGGUACGCCGGAGAGAAGGAAGGCAGGUGUGACGCCUACGCGAGAUCGAAGAGAGAGGGAUAUUGAGAAUUCGAGGCCGAGCGAUCAUCAUCAGCUGCAGCAGCAUCGUUGGCCUGGAAGAUUACGCCGCGAAGAUUCGAGUUUCCUGACCCGGAGUUUGGAUUACGGUUCGGAGAGAGUAAAAUGUAGUGGAUCCGGUGCUGCACUCAAGGAAUUCAGAAAGUCAGUGGGUGAAGAAAACAGUAGUGACAAGGUCGGUAACGAUUUGAAGCUUGAAACUAACGAUGUUGAAGUUCGAGGAAUAGGUGAGCUAGAAAAUCGACCGAGAUCAGGUAGUUCGUUGAAUUUGGAUGUGGAGAGUACUGCUACAACUCAAUUGAGAGGCGGACCCCGUGCGGUUGUUGUGCCGCAACGAUGCUGGCAAGAGACAAACCGAGUAAAUAAAGUACGAGAUCCUGCUUCUCCCUUACCAAUCAGUACAUCGAAUAGAACAAUAGGUCCUUCUAAACUAGUUUUGGCAAAGAAAUUUCAAAACGAUAGCCCUGUAUCUUCGCCUCGGGAAGUUUCAUCGAGUAGGGGAAUAUCGCCUCUCCGAGGGGGUGUGAGGGCGGCUUCACCAUGCAAGGCCUUGAGUUCGUCAAGUGGUUCUGUGUCGAGGGGCAUGGCUAGUCCAACAAGAGCUAGAAGUGGCGUAGGGAAUUCGAUGAACGAGAAUAAUACUUGCAGCACACCAUCCGUGUUGCGGUUUGCUGUUGAUGCGAGGAGAGGAAAUUCGGGAGAGAAUCAAAUGGCAGAUGCACAUGUCUUGAGACUUCUAUAUAACCGGCUGUUGCAGUGGCGAUUAGCGAACGCGAGGGUAGAGAAUACCCUGUUGGCACAAAAACAUACAGCAGAGAGAAGCCUGUAUAAUGCUUGGGUGACGACCACAAAACUGCGGCAUUCGGUUAAGUCCAAGGCAAUUGAACUACAAUCGUUACGACAAAAUCUGAAGCUUUAUUCUAUAUUAAAGGAACAAGAUCCACAUUUGCAGAGCUGGAGUCUGUUAGAUAGAGAUCAUUGUGAUUCAGUGUCUGGUGGUAUAAAAGCACUCGAGGCUAGUACUGUGCGUCUUCCUAUCAUCGGUGGUGCAAGGGCUGAUGUUCAGAAGGUGCAAGAAGCAAUAUCUUCUUCUGUUGACGUGAUGCAAGCAAUGGCCUCUUCAAUUUGCUUUUUGCUAACGAAGGUGGAGCAGAUGAACUCAUUGGUUGCGGAACUUACUAAUGUAAGCGCACGAGAGCAUUGUUUACUCGACGAAUGCAAAGAUUUCUUAUCAACAACAUUAAUACCCUUGCAGGUAUUGCAUUGUAGCCUGAGGACCCAAGUAAUGCAAGUUCAACGUGAACCCACAAAUAAAUCGUGAUAUACGCUGAUCGAUCUCGUUUUAUUGCUAACAUGACUACUCAAUCUUCCUCGACUACAUCACCAUGCAAUAUAUUAUAUAUAUGGUUGUUAAAUAGUAUCUUCUUACGUAGAGUUGCUUCGUCUGUGUAGGGAUUUCCAAUAACAGGUCCAAAAUCUAACUCUUGUGUUCCACAUGUAUGGUACGGUAGGAAAUCUUCAUUUCUACGGUUGGUUUUGUAUACACCUAAUCCCGGGAGUUUCAAAUUCAGAUAUGUAUGUAUGUAAAUAUAUACAUUCGUAAUUUCAUUUUUAUCCUCCUCUA